AUGGGUCGGCAAACGGCCGAGGAAUCGGCCCCUUUACUUGAUGCUGCUCGCAAGUUGAGUCAAUAUGGGAGUGAGGCCAGUCUCGGCUCUUUUCGGGAGCACCAGACGUCGAAGCACACUAGUUAUAAGUUGUGGCACUUCGCAACCGGCUAUGAUUACCUACUGUUUGGGAUCGGCGCCUUGUCCUCGUUCAUCCACGGCGCUGGGUUUCCGCUUUUGGCCAUUGUUUUGGGCGGCAUGACGACCGUCUUCCUACAAGCGCAAAACUCGGAAUUCGUCGUCGGGCCCGGAAAUGUGGAUCCGCAGGGCAUGCCCGGGAUUACGAGAGAGGCAUUUGACGCGCAAGUGGUCACGUUCUGCAUCUACUAUCUGGCGCUGGGGGCGUUGAUGUUCGUCACUUCUUAUAUACAGAUCGCCUGCAUGGAGUCGUUCGCCGAGCGGAUGGUGCACCAGCUACGUCAAAACUACUUGAAAGCAAUCCUUAGACAACAAGUCGCCUGGUUCGACGAGCAGUCCACCGGCCAGCUGACGGCCAGGCUUACCGACGAUCUCGAGCGAGUGCGCGAGGGCCUGGGGGACAAGUUGUCCCUUUUCGUCCAAAUGUCGGCAGCGUUUGCUUCCGGCUUUAUCGUCGGCUUCAUGUACUCGUGGCAGAUGACGUUAGUCAUGAUGGCUUUCGCUCCUUUCAUCGUAAUUUCUGGCGCAUGGAUGAGUAAAAUGGCGGCCAGUCGGACCCACGUCGAGCAAGAAACGUACGCAGUGGCUGGAGGGAUUGCGGAGGAGACAUUCGGAUCGAUUCGUACUGUGCAUUCGCUUAAUGGACACAAAAGGCAGAUGACUAGAUUCGAAGCCGCCCUUGAAAUCGGCCGAAAAACCGGGCUCGUCAAGUACUUCUACAUGGGACUGUGCGUGGGCUUCUCGAAUAUCUGCAUGUACGGCUCGUAUGCGCUGGCAUUUUGGUACGGUAGCCGGAUUAUUAUCGGGGAUCCGACGUACGAUCGAGGAACUAUCUUUACGGUGUUCUUCUCCGUGAUGUCCGGCUCAACAGCCCUCGGCGGAGCUCUACCCCACCUCGGCUCAAUCGCCAUGGCCAUGGGAGCGGCGCGUAGUGUACUCAAGGUUUUGAAUACGACCCCAUAUAUCGACCCGUACUCGACGGAGGGUACGGUAUUGACGGAAAUGAAGGGAUCUAUUGAGGUCGAGAAUGUGCACUUCAGAUACCCGAGUCGGAGGGAUAUUCCGAUCCUUCGAGGUGUAUCCAUCUCCGUCCAACCCGGCCAACAAAUCGCCCUUGUCGGCGCUUCCGGAUGCGGAAAAUCGACAAUUAUCAACCUGCUGCUCCGAUAUUACGACCCCAACAAGGGAAAGAUAACGCUGGACGGGGUCGACUUGCGUGACCUGAACGUGAAAGCGCUGCGAGACCAGAUUGGGGUUGUUUCACAGGAGCCAAUUCUGUUCGACGGAACCCUCUACGAGAACAUUCGCAUGGGAAAUGAGAAUGCGGGGCAAGAAGAUGUCAUGAAUGCGUGUAAACAGGCAAACGCCCUCGAGUUCAUCAAGCGACUCCCCGACGGCCUUGCAACAAGAGUAGGAGAGCGAGGAGUACAGCUCAGUGGAGGCCAAAAACAACGCAUCGCCAUCGCGCGCGCCUUGGUGAAAAACCCCAAGCUCCUGCUCCUUGAUGAGGCCACUUCGGCUUUGGACACGGAGAGUGAGCAAGAGGUUCAACAUGCGCUUGAUAAGGCAAUGCAUGGUCGUACGACAAUUAUUGUGGCUCAUCGGCUAUCGACGAUUCGGAAUUGCGAUCGAAUUUUUGUGUUUAAGGACGGCCGCAUCGUCGAGCACGGUACCCAUGAAGAAUUAAUGGAUGCCCACGGCAUGUUCCACGAAAUGACGCAACAGCAAAAGCUCAAGGCCCAGGAGGUCGCCAAAUUUGCGGCUGACCUCGACGACCGGGAGACGUGCGACGUCAUGUCGCACGCUGGGUCGGUUAGAUCAAGAAAAUCAUCGACGGCUCAAGCAGCUCGUAAGAAAUCUACAGUAGCCGGCACCAGUGUGGUCAGCCGAUCGAUCAGCACCAUCAAGGAGAUGCAGGAUGAUGCGGAUGAAGCCCGCGUGAAGCCGACACCCAUCUCAAAAAUCUUUGCCACCAACCGCGAGAACUGGGGCUUCUUCGCCCUCGGGCUACUCGGCAGUACGCUGUCCGGUCUGGUGACGCCCGUCUUUGCCCUCGUCUACGCACAGAUUUUUGCGGUGUUCACCCUUCCACCGGACCAAAUCGGCAGCGAGGCCUUGUUUUGGUGCGCCAUGUUUCUAAUUAUGGGUGUCGUGCACGCGCUUGGAUUUUUCCUAUCGGCGAACACGCUCGGCCGUUGCGGGGAGGGGCUGACGAAAAAGUUGCGGAUGAUGGCGUUUACAAAUUUGAUGAGGCAGGAUGUUGGAUUCUACGACGAUCUCCGGCAUGGUACCGGAAAAUUAUGCACCCGAUUUGCGACUGACGCGCCAAAUGUUCGAUAUGUGUUCACCCGUCUCCCAAUCGUCGUCUCCUCCGUCGUCACGAUCGGCGGUGCCAUCGUGGUCGGGCUAAUUUUUGGGUGGAAGUUGGCGCUGAUUCUCGUCUUCAUCGUCCCUUUAAUCAUCCUCUCCGGCUAUUUCGAGAUGAAGAUGCAGUUCGGCAAAAAGAUGCGCGACACUGAACUGCUUGAGGAGGCCGGGAAGGUGGCCGGAGAGGCCGUCGAGCACAUCCGGACCGUACAGGCACUGAACAGGCAGGAGAAGUUCCACUUCUUGUACUGCGAAUACUUGAGGGAGCCGUACAAAGAAAACAUGUGCCAAGCCCACACCUACGGCGCGGUGUUCGCCUUCUCCCAGUCCAUCAUCUUCUUCAUGUACGCCCUGGCCUUCUGGCUUGGGGCAAAAUUUGUGGAUGACGGAUCUAUGGCCCCGGCGGAUGUGUAUCGCGUAUUCUUCGCGUUCGCCUUCUGCGGCCAGAUGGUGGGCAACGUCUCGUCGUUCAUCCCCGACAUCGUCAAGGCCAGGCUGGCAGCUUCGCUACUUUUCUACCUCAUUGAACACCCCACCGAAAUCGACAAUCUAUCGGAAGCUGGCAUCAAGAAGACCCUCGAAGGCAACAUCUCAUUCCGGAAUCUCCACUUCAGCUACCCCACCCGCCGUAAUAUCCGGGUCCUCAACGGGCUGAGCCUCGACAUCAAGAGGGGACAGACCGUGGCCCUGGUGGGGCAUUCGGGAUGCGGAAAGAGUACUGUGAUGGCGAUUCUGGAGCGAUUCUACAACUCUUCGAAGGGAUUUGUGAUGCUGGACGGUGAAAACAUCCGAAACGUACAUAUCAAGUCGCUGCGUGAGCAGGUGUGCAUCGUAUCGCAGGAACCGACACUUUUCGACUGUUCAAUUGCGGAAAAUAUCACUUAUGGACUGGACAGACAAGUCCCCUACGAUGACAUCGUCGAGGCUGCCAAGCUGGCCAACAUCCACACGUUUAUCCUGGGACUUCCAAACGGCUACGAUACCCGAGUCGGCGAGCGUGGUACACAACUUUCCGGAGGUCAAAAGCAGCGGAUAGCCAUCGCCCGAGCCCUUGUCCGCCGCCCAAUAAUUCUACUACUUGAUGAAGCCACCUCAGCACUUGACACACAAUCCGAAAAGGUGGUGCAAGAGGCGCUGGAAACGGCGAGACAGGGCAGGACGUGUCUUGUCAUUGCUCAUCGACUAUCUACUGUCCAGAAUGCUGAUGUCAUCGCUGUGGUCAAUGAGGGAGCCAUUGUUGAUAAGGGAACCCACGAGCAACUGAUCAAAACCAGUGACAUCUACCGUAAGCUAUGCGAGACGCAACGACUCGUCGAGACGGAG